CAUUAAAACGAACCAGAAACCAAAUCACCUUCACGGCACACUGCUCGUUCUCUCUCUCUCUCUCUCUCUCUCUGUGAGCAACCUGAGGGAUAAGAAACUGUCAGAAAAUCGGUGCCUUCAUGCCCUAGAAAUCCUCGAACUCGAUCGGUUACUUCAAUCAAAGAAAUGGCGAAUGAAACUCAAAAGUACCUAGAGCCAUGGAAUCGGUUAGACGGAAAGGUAGUGAUGGUGACUGGGGCUUCUUCUGGUAUUGGUCUUGAAUUCUGCUUGGAUCUUGCUAAGGCUGGAUGCAAAAUCAUCGCCGCUGCUCGUAGGAAAGACAGAUUAGUUUCUAUUUGUAACGAAAUCAAUCAAUUUAGCUCCAACAGAGCUGUUGCUGUAGAGCUCGAUGUGAGCGCCAAGGGACCUGAAAUCGAUGCGUCUGUGCAGAAAGCCUGGGAUGCGUUCGGUUGGAUUGAUGCCUUGGUUAACAACGCCGGAAUUAGAGG